AUGUUGAACAUAUUUAUAUUUAUGUACAUACUCACUUAUUUGUUUGUGUAUUUACAUCUAUAUCUAUACUUAAAUGUAUUUGGUUUCUAUAUAGCAUCUGCUGCGGUGAAUGCAACACCGGAACCUCGUUCGCUGCCCAGUUCUAACAGUCCUGCUGUGGAAAAUGGUCCUGAAAGAAGGAGUAUCGAGAUCGAACCAGGGGUCGUAACAAAGAUGCCAGAGGCAGAUGCGAAGCAUGGUCCUGACUGGAAAGCUUCUAAUUCAGAAACAUAA